GCUACCGUUCGCCUUUUUCUCCACCGCCGCCAGCGCGCUCCCACCGACGGUGCCAUGGCUGCCCGGCAGCAGCUCGCUUUGCUCAGUGUCUCUGAUAAGACCAGCCUUGUGGAAUUUGCAAGGAGUCUGAAUGCUCUUGGCCUGGGUUUGAUCGCCUCUGGAGGAACAGCCAAAUCUCUGAGAGAUGCUGGCUUGCCUGUCAGAGAUGUUUCAGACUUGACAGGGUUCCCUGAGAUGUUAGGUGGACGUGUGAAAACCCUUCAUCCUGCAGUCCAUGCUGGCAUCUUGGCUCGCAAUAUUCCAGAAGAUAAUGCUGAUAUGAACAAACAGGAUUUCAGCCUUGUAAGAGUUGUAGUGUGUAACCUUUACCCCUUUGUGAAGACUGUAUCUUCUCCAGGUGUAGCUGUGCAAGAAGCAGUGGAAAAAAUUGAUAUUGGAGGAGUUGCCUUGCUGCGGGCAGCUGCCAAGAACCAUGCUCGUGUGACAGUUGUGUGUGACCCAGCAGACUACUCUGCAGUAGCAAAAGAGAUGGCAACAUCAAGGGACAAAGACACUUCCAUGGAGACCAGACGUCACCUUGCACUCAAGGCUUUCACUCACACUGCUCAAUAUGAUGCAGCCAUCUCUGACUACUUUAGGAAGGAGUACAGCAAGGGGGUGUCCCAGCUGCCCCUGAGGUAUGGUAUGAAUCCUCACCAGAGUCCUGCGCAGCUCUACACGAUGAGAUCCAGACUUCCUGUGACAGUGGUGAGUGGCUCUCCAGGGUUCAUCAACCUGUGUGAUGCUCUCAAUGCCUGGCAGCUGGUGAAGGAGCUCAAGCUGGCAUUAGGCAUUCCUGCUGCAGCCUCCUUCAAGCAUGUCAGUCCUGCAGGUGCUGCUGUUGGAAUACCUCUCAGCGAAGAGGAGGCGCAAGUCUGCAUGGUGCACGACUUCCACAAGACUUUAACACCCUUGGCAUCUGCCUAUGCACGAAGCAGAGGUGCUGACCGGAUGUCUUCUUUUGGUGAUUUCAUUGCCCUGUCUGACAUCUGCGAUGUGGCUACAGCCAAGAUCAUUUCCAGAGAGGUAUCUGAUGGUGUGAUAGCUCCUGGCUAUGAGGAAGAAGCUCUCAAACUCCUUUCCAGAAAGAAGAAUGGUGGUUACUGUGUCCUUCAGAUGGAUCCCCAUUACGAGCCAGACGACAAUGAGAUUCGAACUCUUUAUGGCUUGCAUCUCAUGCAGAAGAGGAACAAUGCAGUCAUCGACCAGUCCUUGUUCAAGAACAUUGUUACAAAGAACAAAAAUCUGCCUGAGUCUGCUGUCCGAGACCUGAUUGUUGCCAGCAUUGCUGUUAAAUACACCCAAUCCAACUCUGUUUGCUACGCCAAGGAUGGGCAGGUCAUAGGUAUUGGAGCGGGCCAGCAGUCCCGGAUCCACUGCACACGGCUGGCUGGGGACAAGGCAAACAACUGGUGGCUGCGGCACCACCCAUGGGUGCUCUCCAUGAAGUUCAAAGCAGGUGUGAAGAGAGCAGAGGUCUCAAAUGCCAUUGACCAGUAUGUCACUGGGACCAUUGGUGAGGGUGAAGACCUGGUGAAGUGGCAGGCACUGUUUGAAGAGGUGCCUGCACAGUUAACAGAACUGGAGAAGAAGCAGUGGAUUGCCAAGCUGAGUGCUGUGUCCCUCAGCUCUGAUGCCUUCUUCCCCUUCAGGGAUAACGUUGACAGAGCUAAGCGGAGUGGAGUACAGUUCAUCGCUGCCCCAUCUGGCUCGGCUGCAGACGAGGUUGUGAUUGAAGCUUGCAAUGAGCUGGGGAUAACCCUGAUUCACACCAAUCUCCGGCUGUUUCAUCACUGAGUUUGCUGUGAGACGUUGUGGGUCCUCUUUGGUCAGUCUCACCAGCAGCAGUGGCUGGAGUAUCACCAAUUUAAUUGGCAGGCACUCACAGCCUGUGCUUAGCAAGUGUUUGUAGGGUCUGUAAAUGAGUCUUUCCCUGUGUUAGCAAAGAGUAAAGGCACAAGAAGUUGGCCUCCAAUGUAGAAAAUAAGUGUUCUGCAAAUAAACUUACGGUUCUUAGCUA